CUUAGUCAAUAUUUAUCGAGUGUUUCGUUGUCAUUCAGGCUAAUUUGCCAUUCGAAAUUUUGGUUACUGUGAAACGUAAUUAUUUAGUUUUAGUUUAGUCGUGGUGAGUUAAGGUAGCCACAUAGCUUUCAAAUGGCAGUAAAUUGUAAAUCAGAAGAACCACUUCAAGCAAGAGUGCAGGAAUGGUUAGAAUGGGAUCGCAAUCCAGAUACCAGGGCGGCAAUUUCAAAAUUGGUUGACGAAAAUAAUACAAAAGCAUUAACCCAGAAGUUACUCAGUAGAUUAUCCUUUGGUACUGCCGGACUUAGAGGUAAAAUGAGUGCAGGUUAUUCUUGCAUGAAUGAUUUAGUUAUAAUUCAAACUGGGCAAGGAUUCAUCAAAUACUUGGAGCAAUAUAAGAGUGACGUUCUCAAGGGAAACGGUAUUGUUGUUGGCUAUGAUGGAAGACAUAACAGUAAGAGAUGGGCGGAAUUAACUGCUACUAUAUUUGUAAGCGCCGGGUAUAAAGUGCGACUGUUUAGUGAUGUUAUUCCAACACCAUUCAUUCCAUUUGCAGUUAAAAAGUACGGGUGUGCCAGUGGUGUUAUGGUGACAGCAUCUCAUAAUCCGAAGGAUGAUAAUGGCUACAAGGUAUAUGACUCAAAUUCUGCUCAAAUCAUUCCACCAGUAGACAAACGAAUUCAAAACUCAAUAUUGGCAAAUUUGAGACCCCUCGAUUCGUCCUGGAAUACGGAUAUUCUUAGCAACAAUCCUCUGCUAAUAGACCCGUACGAAGAUUGUUUGAACUGUUAUUUGAAAAGUAUUAUAUCUGAUGGAAUACAUGCCGACGAAAUUGCAAUCAAUAAGACAGUUAAUCUGUCGUUCGUUUACACUGCUAUGCAUGGCGUGGGAUAUAAAUCAGUUCAGAAGGCAGUUGAUUUAAUUGGUGUUCGAAUUUUUCCUGUUCCUGAACAGCGCGAUCCAGAUCCAGAAUUUUCCACCGUUAAGUUUCCCAACCCUGAGGAGGGCAAAAGUAGUCUGGAUUUAUCAUUUAAAUAUGCCAAUGAAAAAGGGUGUAAUAUUAUUCUGGCCAAUGAUCCUGAUGCUGAUAGAUUUGCUGUUGCUGAAAGAAAUAAAAGUACCGGUGAAUGGAAAAUAUUUAACGGAAACGAGCUCGGUGCUCUUUUCGGUUGGUGGUUGAUAGAAUGCCACAAAAAGCAAAGGCCAAAUAUCCCACUUGAUAAAGUUUACAUGAUUGCCAGUACUGUUAGUUCAAUGAUUUUGAAAACUAUGGCCAAAGCUGAAGGAUUUAAUUUCGUUGAUACUUUAACUGGAUUUAAGUGGCUGGGGAAUAAGGCUCUGGAUCUUGAAAAACAAGGUUACUCGGUAAUAUUUUGCUUUGAAGAGGCAAUAGGUUUUAUGUGUAACAACAAGAUAGUGGAUAAAGAUGGAGUAUCGGCCCUCGCACAUUUCGCAUGCUUGAGUAAUUUUGUUUAUGGUAAUAAUCAACAGUUGUGUGACAAACUGAAGGAGCUCUAUGAUAUUUAUGGCCUUCAUUUGUCGUUAAAUUCUUACUAUUUUUGCCACGAACCUCCAAAAAUUGAACAAAUUUUCAAUCGAAUUAGAAACAUCAAUGGAGAAAAACAGUAUCCGUCUGGGAUCUUAAACGACGAAUAUAAAAUAAAAUCGAUCCGAGAUUUGACCACAGGUUUCGACAAUUCUCAACCAAAUAAUAGAGCGAUCUUGCCAGUCUCAUGCAGUUCACAGAUGAUAACUUUUGUCUUUGAUAAUGGUUUGCAUCUUACUCUUAGAACCAGUGGAACUGAACCAAAGAUCAAAUUUUACAGCGAACUUUGCAUGAGCCCGAAAAUCAAGGAUAGAUCGUUCGCAGAAGAAACGCUAAGAAAGAUGGUCGCCGCUAUUUGUGAGGAAUUUUUCCAACCAGAAAAGAAUGGUCUUAUUCCUCAAAGUGGAUAAUAACUGCAACAUUUUAUGCUUAUAUCGACUAUUUUUUAUUAUUUUUACUUAAUGUAAUAAGGCUUUAUGUUUAAUGGAUUAUGUAAUCUCACUAUUUUAGAUGUUACGCACCAAUUUUACGUCAUGUGUUGUUAAAUUUACUUCAAUAAUAAUAUUGAAAUAAUUAACAAAAACAAUAAUUUCGUCGGUAACAACCGCACAAGAAAUCAUGUAAGAUGUAGAAGAAGAAGUUUCGAGGUUCGCCAAUUUCAGGCACCUCCUGGAUCGGUUUCGAAAAGCUGCGAACAUAUAAUGUCGUAAUUAAGCAUUAUUUUUAAAUUGUCCCUUGUGUGACUGGUAGCAUAUACGAAUGCUAAAGCAUUCGAAAAGAAAAAUUACGACACUUGCAAACGUGCAGACAACAUCCCCAGAGGAAUGAUGCCAAUUCUAAAUCAUCCUGUAUAUCUUUAAAUCUUAUAAACAUAAGGACAUCUAAAAUAAAGCUUAUUUUAAUGACUAAAAAUGACCACCCUCGGCGGUCCAUUUGAUGUCCAUAUACGUAUAUAUGUAUUCUAUCUGACUAAUAGACGUCCAAAUAUUGACGUCUUUCAGGCAUCUUUUCAAAGUCAAUUGACGUACCAACCAAGAAUGACUUAAUAUUGAUGUCUUGCGACGUCUAAUUGGUCAUUGUAAACAUGUAAUUUUUAACAUCUGUUUUAUAGUAUGAGAUUAUUGCUGGCACAGUGCGUAUAUUUUUGGAUGAAACUUUUUCCCAUCGGCAGAUCUAACUCCGAUGCAGUCCAAGUUCAAGUCCAAGUCCUAGAAGAUCGAUACUGAUCGCCUUGGAUAUUGUCAAGCCGUAAAUGGCACACAUUUUGCACAUUUACUUUGUUCCUCUGUUCUUUGAAGGAAAUCGGUGUCAUUCAUACUUAGAAUUCAAUGGAUAAUUCAAAAUUUAAAGAGUAAGUGCUUCCUUUUGAAAAAAAAUAGGUUGAUGAUGGCAACUUAUUAAUAUUAGGGUCCCUUCUUAUUCUUCUUCUUAUAAGGCCUUGAGCCUGUUCUUUUCCUAUCUCUUUCCUCUAUUGCUGCAGCCGAGUUUGUGACAUAGACUGCCAGCAAUCUUUUAAAGGGCCGUCCUGGUGGUCUUGGUAUUUGCCCUUUAUGUUGUCUCAUGAAUGGCACCAAUCUUUUUUGGAGACAUUGUCUUACGUAAAUUUCGGCGUUUAUUUUCCCAUUUGUUACAAAAGAUUUGCUGCUCUCCCCACAGCUACACAAGGCGUGCCACACGAUAAAAUUCUUGGGAGACUUUGACUUUUUCUUAGUCUUCAUGGGCACCUCCGCGCUCACGUGCUGCGUAAAAUUCUUGACCCGGAAGCUGGGAGAAGUCACAAAGAACGUAAGUUUCGUUAUCCAUCAGACAGCAAUCGUUUUGUUAAAUUAGUGUUCAAUUUUUGAACCCGUUUUUUGGCUUCCAAAUUCUUACUUGCAUUUCUGCCUGGUGUCCUCUAAACUUUAAAAGUUUUGAAGCCUAUUUUGGUUUCUAUUCGACGUACGGUGCUCUCACUGCAGCAAACUUUUAUGCCCAUUUUCCGACUGGAGAACCAGUUUGCUCGACAAAUUUUUCUCCGUUUGCUCGACAAUUUUUUUCACUGUUUGUCGAGGUGUAAAGCCACUUUUCGGUUAACAUUUAAUGUCUGCUUGAACCGCUUACUAACGUUUGAUACAACCGUUUUAUGAACUUUUAUAUUUGUCGAAAUUUUUCUGUGUGUCUUAAUUCACGCACAUUUAAUUUAGAUGCCAUUUCUCUACUGAAACAAAUCUAGAGUUCGACGUUUAAUAUCAAAAUCAUUUAAAGAUUCAAACGAAGAGUGUCCUCUAAUUGGAAUUUGGGUUUUCUGAUAUGUGCAGAGCUACCUCGGUUUUUGUGUAGGUAUCAAUUUUUUCUCACUCAGUCCUUAGUAUAUCGCCGUCCAUUCGUGUAAAGCCUAUGUCACAUGCAUCCGUUUAUACUAUGGUACGAUGAUACGAAAGUGUUUCUAUUGGUUGGAGAUCUGUCAGUUCGAACGACGGCGGACGCUUCACAAGUUCUUCACUUAUUGCAGGUAUAUUCUUUAGUGAUUUUAUUGGCGACUGUCUUCGUUAGCAAUUUUAGUGUUAUGAUAAGCAAUGUGAUCCUACGGUAGUUGCUAGGAUUCUUCUUAUUUCCUUUUCUGUAUAUUGGUAUUUUAAUGCUUGUUUUCUAUUGAUUUGGUACUUGCUUGGUAUCUUUCUGAAAAAGUACAGCAAUAUUUUCAAUUUUUUUGGGCUUGCUGUUUUUUAAUUUUCCUGUCGUUUUCCUGAGUUGUUCGCUUGUAAUUUCUAUGAUUUAUUUGUUGUCGUUCUCUUCCACUUUCACUCCUUCUUCCCCGUUUAUGGCAUCUUCCUUAUUCCAUUCAUUGUAGAGUUAUUAGAUGUAAGCUGUCUAAUGUUCUGCUGCUAUUUUCUUGAAGAUAUAUUCAUUAAUAUGUUGUUUUCUCCCUUUGAAAAUUUUGCAUACUUGUGUCCAAUAUUCUCUUUUCAGGUUUCUUACUUUUCUUAUAUUUCAGGUUUUUUAUUUUUGUCCUACUCUAAGUAAAUAACUUUUGUAUAGAAAAAUUGCAGUUCCAAAUAAAAAUUGACGGAUUCUAGUUUUCUUAAAAAAAAAACAGUCCUCUGAAUUUAAAAUAAAUUUAGACAUUACUUCUGGUAUUUUGUUAGGUUAUUGAAAAUAGUUUCCCAAUCGACCAUAGAUUUGACGUAAUAUCGCAGUAAGCAGACCUGGAAUAGCUGAAGAAGCUAAUGAUAGAGCUAAAAGCAAACCACUAGAUCGGCCUUUGAAUUUACUUUAUUAUCGUAAUAACAACACAUGUAUAGUAACAUAUAUAUUUGGUGAACAAAUAAUUAUUUUAGUAAUGGAUAAGUUCUGCUUACGUUUCUUAUUUACAAAGUACACAACAGUAAGAGUAAACAGCAUUGAAAAAUAUUAUUCAAACAAUUAAAAAAUAAACUUAUUGAAUAAAAGUGAUCGGAAAAUCA